AUGGCGGUAGGCAGCCCCCCUAACGCAGGGCGGUGGCGUGGUGGUAGGCAGCCCCCUAACGCAGGGCGGUGGCGUGGUGGUAGGCAGCCCCCUGCAGGGCGGUGGCGUGGUGGUAGGCAGCCCCCUAACGCAGGGCGGUGGCGUGGUGGUAGGCAGCCCCCUAACGCAGGGCGGUGGCAUGGCGGUAGGCAGCCCCCUAACGCAGGGCUGGUAGGCAGCCCCCUAACGCAGGGCGGUGGCGUGGUGGUAGGCAGCCCCCUAACGCAGGACGGUGGCGUGGUGGUAGGCAGCCCCCUAUGGGGACGGUGGCGUGGUGGUAGGCAGCCCCCUAACAGGACGGUGGCAUGGCGACAGCCCCCUAACGCAGGACGGUGGCGUGGUGGUAGGCAGCCCCCUACGCAGGACGGUGGCGUGGUGGUAGGCAGCCCCUCAUGGCGUGGGCCCCCUAACGCAGGGCGGUGGCAUGGCGGUAGGCAGCCCCCUAACGCAGGACGGUGGCGUGGUGGUAGGCAGCCCCAACGCAGGGCGGUGGCAUGGUGGUACAGCCCCCUAACGCAGGACGGUGGCGUGGUGGUAGGCAGCCCCCUAACGCAGGACGGUGGCGUGGUGGUAGGCAGCCCCCUAACGCAGGACGUGGUGGACGGUGGCGUGGUGGUAGGCAGCCCCCUAACGCAGGGCGGUGGCGUGGUGGUAGGCAGCCCCCUGCAGGGCGGUGGCAUGGCGUGGCAGCCCCCUAACGCAGGACGGUGGCGUGGUGGCAGCCCCCUAACACAGGACGGUGGCGUGGUGGUAGGCAGCCCCCUAACGCAGAGCGGUGGCGUGGUGGUAGGCAGCCCCCUAACGCAGGGCGGUGGCGUGGUGGUAGGCAGCCCCCUAACGCAGGACGGUGGCGUGGUGGUAGGCAGCCCCCUAACGCAGGGCGGUGGCGUGGUGGUAGGCAGCCCCCUAACGCAGCGGUGGCAUGGUGGUAGGCAGCCCCCUAACGCAGGACGGUGGCGUGGUGGUAGGCAGCCCCCUAACGCAGGACGGUGGCGUGGUGGUAGGCAGCCCCCUAACGCAGGACGGUGGCGUGGUGGUAUAACGCAGGACGGUGGCGUGGUGGUAGGCAGCCCCCUAACGCAGGGCGGUGGCGUGGUGGUAGGCAGCCCCCUAACGCAGGGCGGUGGCGUGGUGGUAGGCAGCCCCCUAACGCAGGACGGUGGCGUGGUGGUAGGCAGCCCCCUAACGCAGGGCGGUGGCAUGGCGGUAGGCAGCCCCCUAACGCAGGGCGGUGGCGUGGUGGUAGGCAGCCCCCUAACGCAGGGCGGUGGCAUGGCGGUAGGCAGCCCCUAA